AAUGACGGACGAUCCUGAAAUUGUAAUUUUUGAACGGGACGACGAUACACACUUUAUAGAUUUUCGAAUUAAAAAAGAAGGUGGAGAUGAUGUUGAAUUGAGUGAAAAAGACUUAGCUGCUGUCUAUGAUCCUAUGCUAUUGACGGAUGAGGAAACAGACAGCAGCAUUGAUAGAAAACCGAAGCCGACGGUGAAAAGAAAGAAAAAGAAAAAAAAAGAAAAACCUCAGUCGGGAAAAAAAGUUUCUAGAAGAAAAAGAGGAAAAACUUUAGAUCCUGAUAGGCUCUACGAAAUAGUUGACAGACUUACACGUUCAACAGCGGCUUCUAGAGCAAGGGAAACACUUUCAGCUCCCAUUAUAGCUCCGGUACCUCCACCAAGUUCAGCAAAGUUAAAUUUGAAAUUACCAAAGGAUCGUAAGUCGUCAGCAGAUACGUCGUCAAAUCGUCAACUAGCGAGGCCAACCACCUGCAAAGAGGCAGUUAAUAGAUUAUCAAGUCCCACUAAAAGAGGAGUGCCUGAAUCGAAAAGAGUGCUCGCGCCUAUAGAUAGGCGACAAAUCGGACAUGUGCAAGUAUGGAAUCGUAGUGUUCGCUAUUCAAAUAGUGUAAGAUUAGGCUUUGAGAACAUGAAAGAAACGGUACGAAACUGCACGAAUAAAUUAGACGCUCUACUUAUUUCGAAUACGAAAAAUAAUCUGCACCCUACUAUGAGCUCUUAG